AUGACAUACAGUCACUUUCCCAUCAUGAUAUCCCGUUUCUUUCUGGUUGGUGGGCAAUUGCAUUUUUUUUUCCUAUGGUUGGCGUUGAUACAUAGCGUUGAUUUUGAUCUCGUGUGCGUCCGGGUGUCACCACCCUCAUCUCAGCUCAUCUGGAUCUUGGUCUUUUGCACUUCGCUUUUCGUCUCAUCUUUGAUAUCCUCCUUGAUCAUUUACGAUUUUCUUUUUCAAUUUGCCACCAGGUUUGCCAUUGAAAGGUUCCGCGGGUAUUGUCGACAGCGAUUUCGCAAGUAG